AAGAUAGAGCGGUGGGAGUGGUGUGGGACCCGUGUUCGAGCAAGUCUUAAACAUGACGACAGUGAAAGGCUGAUUGCAAUAGACAGCUUGCAUUGAAGCAAGAAUUUCACCUACCAUUUCUUCCCCCAUUCACUAUUUUUAGCCUCACUUCCUCCCCCUUCAUAUUCACUCUCACACCCCUUCAAACUAGCAACUCUUACUUCUACUAAAACCCCUUUCUUGGUUUGCUUUGGGACUUGUGCACUCAAACAAGGACACAUCUCUCACUUUCUCCUUCAUCCCACCAAGUUGUUGGCGUAGUAGUGUAGAGAGGGGUUAUGGAGCCAGAGUUGAUAGACGAAAUCGACUGUGGAAACUUCUUCGGUCAAAUGGAGGAUUUGAUUGAGUUUCCCCCAGACAUUGAGUGUGAUGAUGCUAAUGUAGUUAGCUCCAGUGACUACAAGGAUUUCCCCACCUGGGAUGAGGCGUUGCAGGGCUGCGACUCCCUCUUCUCCGUCACCUCUGCCUCCGACCUCGCUGCUGAGCUCUCUGUUCCGUAUGAGGAUAUAGUGCAAUUGGAGUGGCUUUCGACCUUCAUGGAGGACUCGUUUUCUGGAAGCAGCAGCAGCACUAGCAGUCCCACCUCGGGGGGAAACGUGAUGCCCCUUAGCCCCGUUCAUCUUGGCCCCCAACGUGCACGCAGCAAGCGCCCUCGGCCACCAGCUUUCAAUCCCAAGCCAGCAAUCCAGCUCGUCUCCCCUUCAUCCUCGUGCGUGGAGAAUCCCCGUGCUGCUUCUUCCCCAGAAUCCGAUAGCUUUGCUGAGUCGCUUCCUUCGAAAAAGAGCAAGAAAAUCAAGAUAACGCUUCCUGCAAACCCGACAGCUCAAGACGCCCAGCCAGUUCGGAAAUGCUUGCAUUGUGAGGUGACAAAAACUCCGCAGUGGAGGGCGGGGCCUAUGGGGCCGAAGACGCUGUGCAAUGCUUGUGGCGUCCGCCACAAGACUGGGAGGCUGUUCCCUGAGUACCGGCCUGCUGCUAGCCCAACCUUCGUCCCAUCUCUGCACUCAAACUCGCACAAGAAGGUCGUUGAGAUGAGAUGCAGGUCCGAGCCUAGAAACGCACCCGACACUUCCCUCUAGAGCUGGUGCUCAAGCCAUUUGUUUGUUCUUUGUAGAUUAAGGUAAGGAGGGGAUAGGGAGUUAUAGAAUUCAUUAUGAUUUAGCUAGUCGGGGCGAGGCGGAAGAACAAGAAGAAGGGAGUGUAGGAAGUUUAGCUUUCUCAGCCUUGUUGCAGUUGAUAUGCUUGUAAUGUUGAUCUUGAACUGGUAAUGAGUUGUGUUUUGGAAAUAGUCUUCUUCUCCAUGUAAACUUCCAAAUCCAUCUAUCGAUUAACGAUGUUGGUCCGGUCCAGUUGUCGAUCCAAAAUCCAGUGCGAACGCCAUUUUUCCCUAUCA